UCAUGGCUUUAUUAGUAAAUGGUUCUUUCCACCAAAAUAAUACCCACCUUCAUUACCUCCUUCACCCUGUGUUAGCCACUACUCACCAUGAUUCAUAAGCUUCUGCUUCUCUUAUUCACUUCAUGGAUGAUACAACUUACUCCAGUAGCCUUUUCUGAGUCAACAGCUUCAACUCCAAUGGAGAACAUCGUCUACAUGGAGAGAACACCAGGUUCACAGGAGAUGAUUGUACUGGGGCACAUUCAUACUCUGGCUUCAGUGCUUGGGAGCAGUGAAGAGGCAGCAAGGAAAGCUAUCAUUUAUUGUUACAAAAACACCAUCAAUGGAUUCUCUGCCCUUUUAACCAAAGUUCAAGUGGAGGAACUUUCAAAUAUCUUCAUUAACUGAAAUUGAUGUGGUGUUGCAGAGCAACCAGGUGUGCUCAAAAUCCUUCCUGCUCCCAUGUAUCAUCUCCCACAAGAAGUGGACGUUUCAACUCCAUGAAUCUUCAUAACUCUAUUUUGUAAUCACUAAAAGGAAAAUUCUAUUUUGUAAUGUUCUGCUUUUCCUGGGUGAGCUAUUGAUUAACCAGUAGGAACAUCUGUACUGUACAUCAAGUUGAAAUAAACAAACCAUUG